UUGUCAGUGUCAACAAGUGAUUUUGUUUUCGGUUUUUGGGCGUGUUUACUGUUUCAUUUUCAUCACUUUUUGUUACCAAAAAUACCUAUCUAUUUUCUAACAGAAUUUUAUGAAUUUACAAUAACAUGCUUAAACAAACUAUUGUUCUUUUUCUCCUAUGCGCACUGCCAGCAGUGUUUGCUGUGAGAUGUUACCAAUGUUCCUCGUCCCAGAAUAUAAAAGAGGACACGUGCGGGGCCUACAAGAAGUUUGACACAUACAGUCAUAUAGCCGUGGAGUGCAACAGUGAUGAGUCCCACAUGCCAGGAUCCUUCUGCAUGAAGGUGACACAACAAGGACCUAAAGGCUUCAUUUGGGAUGGCAGAUGGAGGCAAGUGAUCCGGCGAUGUGCAUCUGUGGCCGACACGGGUGUCACCGGGGUCUGCAACUGGGGCGUCUAUGACAAUGGCGUUUACUGGGAGGAGUGCUACUGCUCCAGCGAUGAAUGCAACCACUCGGCAUUUAUCCAAGCAUCCGCUCCUUUAAUGUUAGUUUCUACUUUAGCUUUGUUUUUCAGUUACAUGCUGUUGUGAGUGAAUAGGAUCUUGCUAGUGUCUUAAUUUGUAGAAUUGAUCCAUGCCCAAUCUGCAAUGAAAGGCAGUAAGUUUCUGAGAAUAGAAGGUUUUUGCAACUUUUCUAUUCAUGUAAAAGUCCAAGAUAUUUGACUGAUUACUUUCCACAAUAAUUAUAUUCAGAAACGUGUGUGCGUGAUAAUUAUACUAUACACAUAGUGCCUUAACAAAAUUAUACCUGAAUCAUCUAUGAAUCUCAUAUUCCAUAAGUAGUGCACAUUCAAUCAUUUACUGAAACCGUUAUGUUAUUAACUAAAACAUAAUUAAGUAUUACAUAUGUGUAUGUACAUAUCAUUGUUAUUUAUAUCCUUGCCCUUAAAACACAUCAAGGAAACAUACAGUGAGGAAAUUAGAGUACUUGUAUUAACUGCUUCAUUCAUCAUAAUUGUGUUAAUUGAACCACCAUUUGGAAUUUUAUACUGAAACCUCUAUUGCUUCUCAUUAUUCAUGUAAAAUAUUUUACUAAGUAUAAGGAUAACUUUGUGGGGACUAUGUUUCAUCAGAUUAUGAUAGUUUGCCAUUGACAUGUUUACAUUCACAUAAGUUUACUAUUUAUUAUACUUAGUAGUGUAUGUAUAGCAUUUAUGGUAAACUUUUUCGCACACUGAAAAGUAAAUUAUGUACAAAACUUUAUGUAAUUGUAUGUAAGUAUUUCAAAACAAACAUUAUCAUAAGUGCCUUGAAUAAUAUUAAGUACUUACCUACUACUAGGUUUUCUAUUGCAUUCCGUCCAUGAAAUGAUUUUUUAACAUUUAAGUAUUCUUACCUUUUUUUAAAUAUUAAAUACCGUUUUGUAAU